AUGGAGGAGUAUCAUAGCGAAGAAGGAGCUUCAGGUGAUCCUUGCUUCUACUAUGAAAUUCCGGGGGGUCUUUUGGAUAAGGAUGUUAUUGAAAUAACUGGGUACUUUUAUGGAGAAAAGAUUGUAAUAGAGGUCUUGGCAGACAAGUACGUGCAGGAUGGGGAAAAUACCGCUCUUCCGUUGCAGUUCACCCUUACCAAUCAAGGGAAGUGGACUGCUAUGACCUUCAGCCAGACGGUUUCGCGUCAGAUUCAGUCAGGCACCGCUGUGCCCAAGGAGAACUUCCAAAUUCGAAUAAUCGCCCUCGAUUCAGCCUUUGAGAUCCACCUCAACGGCAACCGUUUGUGCAUCCAAAAGCACCUUGUUCCACUACCGUUGGUCACUCACAUAUCCAUCGAUGGUGAGGCUGAGUUCACAGGGGUUGAAUUCAAGGAUCUGUGCAGCGAAAAUGAUGCUUCUAUUCGCAGCAACACGUCGCCGCUAGAGCAAAAUCAGUACGUUAUGAGCCCUGAGGCUACGCCUGGAUUCACACGACUAUCUGAAAAUCGACGCUCUUCAAAUCGCAAGCCUAAGUCUCCUGUUCUGGUGCCGACUCGCGGAAGUUUUCGGAAUCAGGCGCCAACGGGGAUUAAUCUGGACGAUGGUCGUUUGUCAUUAAAUAAUGAAAUUGACCAACAUCCUGCCAUAAAAAAUACUGUUGCUGCAGAACCCGUACGAGCUUCUGUUGAUCCGUCGUUUGAUGUAUUUAUGUCUAAUGCAGCUACCCCGGGUAAACGUUCAAGCCUACCACUGUCUUCAAAGCGUCCCACUGGCCAAUCUUCUGGAGUGGGCGAUUCAAAGCAUCGUAGCCUUCGCGAGAAACUUCAUUUCAAAAAGGGUUCUAAAACUUCCAUUCCAAGUGCGGUUCAAGAAGAAAAUCAGUAUGCCACAGGUAGCCUGGAAGAUGUAUGGGUAGAAGAAGGAGGCCGGGAACUUAGCGCAGAUGGCACAGGAGCCUUUGUUGUUACCGGAGCCGCUUCCGUACCAAACCUUGCUACGCAUUCGGAGAAAGAGAAGAGGCGAUUCAGCCUCCAUCAUGGGAGCAGAAAAUCACGAUCUGUUUCCUCGCCACCGGCCGAUGCAAAUAUGAAAGGAGAGGGGAAGGAUAAAAAGAAGCAUCACCUUGGAGGAAUUCACAUUAGCAAGGGAUCAAGGAAGGAUUCAAAAGGAGAAAAGGAAGGGAAAUCUGAAAAGGAGUCCAAAAAGAAACUAGCCUUUGGGAAGAAGCAUCCUGAAUCACACAAAAUUUCAGACAAAAGUGGUGCUAGUGUAGGCGCCGUCCUAGUGACGGAGAAAAAUGCCACUGUUGAUUACGCAAAUCCGGAGCCUUCUCCAGAGAAAGCGAAAGCUUCCUUGGCUGAGAUUGCCGCCAGGAAGCCCAAGACCUCGACGCCCAUCUCUUCACACACUCCCUCUCAUGGUUCAUUCAUGGGUCCCCACGCUAAAGGUUCCUACAACCUUGAAGAAGCUCAGAAAUCCUAUGACGUAAAACGUGGGACUUAUCAUAAAAUGCACUCCGACGCGGGGCUUGCUAUGGCGGGUAGAUCGAUUUCACACAGCAGCGGCAGCAGAAGUCCUGGUUUCGGUCAUGACAGUGGAUCGCGAAGUCGAAGUGCGUCGCUGACAUCAACAACCAGUGGUGCUUCUUUGGAUGCCGGUGUGGGCAUGGGUAUAGCUGGAGAGGAGAGCAGGAAAAAGAAAAGUAAAUCCUCAAAAAUCAAGGGUGACACGCCUAGCAUUGCUGCUCAUCUGAUGGAUAGUUCAGCUAAAAGCAGAACCUCAAUAGAGAACCUCACUCACACUGAUCCUAAUCUUGAUAUUCCCCUUCACUUAGCGAGCCUGGGAGGGGGAACAAUGGAUACAUCAAAAGAGGAGCACAAAAGGAAAGAGAAAGAAGGAAAACUAAAAGGGGAUUCUGCAGAGAUCGCCGAUAACAUUCUUGGAGGCAAACGUGGUAUGUCAAGUGAUUACAUUACUUACAUUGACACACACACAGCAGUGCCUCUCAAGUUGACUCAGAAAGAUCUGCUUUCCACAAAUGGGAAAAGCUUUGGGCCUAUCAUUGGUUCAAGGGGUUCUUAUAACCUAGAGACUGCGCCAGACUCAAUCGCAGGUACCUACCAGGUUAGACACGACGCUGAUUGGGGCAACGAAGACCUCAUAGUGCAAAGCUCAAUAGGCGGUGUUCAACACUCGAGACCACCAGAAAAGGAUGCCGCUGUUCAUGAGCCUCCUAUUAUGGUUGGCACAGUGAGCGCUAAGGAGAAGAAAAACCUCCUCAAAGGUGAAUCCUCUGAAAUUGCCUCCAACCUCGUUGAUGAGGCACAUGACCGGGUUCUUGGGAAUUCCUCCGUUAGCGGCAUUCCUCUAUGUGGUGAAAGUGGUGUGAAUGUGCCCUGGAAAUUGGAUGCAACUAAUAGAAACGCACAGCCUGUUCCUUAUAGUAGCGUCGCAAUAGGUCGCGGUCACUCAAUGAGCUCAACUAGCAUGAAUAGUCUUAAUGCCCCAAACAGGUCUGCUCGUGCAAGCGUUGGUGCUGACUUUCCAGUAGUGGUUGCUCAGGAGGACAAUGUAGUGCGCUCUGCGGCUCCGGUAUCUACUGAUAGAAACCUUUACAACUCGAAAUCAUCGACAUUGCCCGCUUCCAAUGGAGCGGGUUUCGGUACCUCCGGUGCUAAUGUAAGCGCCACUUUGCCAACAACUGCUGUAGUGGUGAUGAGGGACAAGGAUAAGGACAAGAAAGACAAAAAGAGCCACGAAGGUGAUGAAAAGGCACGCAAGCGUGACCGCUUUUCAGGCUUCUUCAAGAAGAUCUUUAGGAAAAAGAAGAGAGGCAGUGCCUCUCAAAGUGAUCUAGAAGAAACCGGUAUCUCGGAGGGUGUUGGCACAGACUAUGAGAUGACAGAGCAAAGGAGCUCCUCCCAGCUUAGUCUGGAUACAGAUGAAUAUGGCGACACCAAUGCUAGUAUUACCGCUAAGCCAAGCGAGACCUGUCGUUACGCCUCCCAACUUCAUGGUGGCAUACCAUCUCUGAUGACCAGCUCUUCGACCGAAACGAUGUGUGGCGGUCAAAUGUUGACUUAUCCACUACACCUCACAGCAGACAACGUUCAUGUUGGUGUUGGCAGGGUUGGAGCAAGUCUUGUUUCUUCUGGUCCACCUAUUCCCACCCAACGAACAGAUUCCCCGGAUUCCUGGAGUUCCGUUUCCCUUGGUGGAAGCCGCAGACACUACCACCACUCAUCUCGACAUCGAGCUGAAUCAGUAUCUUCUUGGAGCUCCAUUUCUCCUGGUGGUACACACAGACAUCGUCGUCGCUCAACAACUUUUGUCAGUACCGAAACCAAAAUUAAACAGGAUCCAUUGCGUUCCUCAACUCGAGAUCAUCAAAUAUCAACGAUAACGGUAGAGCAGCAGGUGCCCGCUCACACAGCUGCAUCGUUGCAUGAUCGCGAUCAGUCUUACGACUCCUACUUUAACAUAACAAAACAGGAGAGUGGAGCUGUUCAUGCCGCCAAGCCAAGACCUGACUCCGCUAUGUCGUCUAACUCCUCUGUUCCUAGUCUCUACGGUCGUGUCGUGAUCGUGGGUCAAAGUUCGGACUUCAGUACGCGCAUACAAUCAUACAGGAAGACCAUGGAGAUGCCGAAAAAACAGAAACGACCGAAAGGUUAUGGUAAUGGCUCAUCAGACAGCUCUAUCUCCUCCAUCGACUCCGAUAAGCUGCCACCCUCAGUUAUCAAGUCUAGAAAUGGCGAGUAUGCCAUCUUUGAUGAUGCCGGAGAAACUGUUUUCGAGAAACGUCCCAGGAAAAUUGAGGAUACCUAUGCUAACAGUAUGCUUCGAUUAUUUCGCUAUUUUAUUAUGCUAGUACGCGGUUCUAUGUAA